AUGGGAGAUUUUGGGUUUCUGUCAGGCUUGCUGGACAAGGUCCAGUCCCACUCCACAGUUAUUGGGAAGAUCUGGAUGAGCGUCCUCUUUCUGUUCCGGAUCAUGGUUUUGGGAGCAGGUGCUGAGAGCGUCUGGGGCGACGAGCAGUCGGGUUUCAUCUGUAACACUCAGCAACCUGGUUGUGAGAACGUCUGCUACGACUGGACCUUCCCUAUCUCGCACAUUCGCUUCUGGGUCCUCCAGAUCAUCUUCGUCUCCACGCCAACGCUGGUCUACCUGGGCCAUGCCGUGCACGUCCUCCACCAGGAGAACAAGAUGAGGGAGCAGCUGUCGAGCCCCGGCGGGGCCCGCAAAAUGCCCAAAUACACGGACGAAAAUGGAAAAGUGAAGAUCAAGGGGAACCUGCUGGGGAGUUACCUGACCCAGCUCAUAGUCAAGAUCAUCAUCGAGGCUGCCUUCAUAAUCGGCCAGUACUACCUGUACGGCUUCAUCAUGGUCCCCAUGUUCCCCUGCUCUGAGGCGCCCUGUCCCUUCACUGUGGAGUGCUACAUGUCCCGACCCACAGAGAAGACCAUCUUUAUCAUCUUUAUGCUGGUGGUGGCCUGCGUCUCUCUGUUUCUUAACUUCAUCGAGGUGUUCUACCUGAUUUGUACCAGGGUGAGAUGUGGGUCCAGGGCUCGCACUUACAAGGCUAGUGCCCAAAACACUGCCAGUUUGUUAGAUGCCAAGUUGCAGAACAAGAUCAACAUAGAGCUAGAGAACAGCAAGAGUCUCGGUGGAAGCCUGGAUGGGGCCAAAGAGGAGAAACGACCACUGAGUGGUCAUUAA